AUGGCGGCAGCAUCGGUCUCGACGACUUCUAGGUCUCAGUUCUCCCCGAAUAUCUUAGCUGAACCAUCAAGGUCUAAUGGAAGUAUGCUUCGCCAUUCCACAUCUUCAUAUAUAGUAUAUCCACCAGAUAAGCCUUUCCUUAAUAGUGAUCUACGACGCUCCCCGAAUAAGCCUACACUUGCCUAUCCAGAAAGCAACAGCAGAGCCAUAUUUUCUGCUCUGAAGAAUCUUCAAGAUAAGAUUCGACGCUUAGAACUUGAAAGGAUUCAGGCAGAAGAAAGUGUGAAAACCUUGUCCAGAGAAACAGUUGAAUAUAAGAAAGUAUUGGAUGAACAGAUACAAGAAAGGGAGAAUUCAAAGAAUGAGGAAUCAAAGCACAAUCAAGAACUGACAUCUCAGUUGUUAGCUGCAGAAAGUAAAUGUAAUCUUUUAGAAAAGCAAUUGGAAUACAUGCGUAAUAUGAUAAAGCAUGCAGAAAUAGAAAGGACAACUGUCUUGGAGAAACAGGUUUCCCUCGAAAGAGAACGACAACACGAUCAAACACAUGUUCAGAGCCAACUUGAAAAAUUGGACCUUCUUGAGCAGGAAUAUAACAAACUAACUGCAAUGCAGGCCCUUGCUGAAAAAAAAAUGCAAGAAUUGGAAGCAAAACUUCAUGAAGAAGAAAAGGAAAGAAAACGUAUGCAGGCUAAAGCAGCUGAGUUGCAGACAGGUCUAGAAACAAAUAGACUUAUCUUUGAAGAUAAGAAAACACCUUGUGCCCCCUGUGCAAGAAGAAUUAAAAAAAAGAAGUCAAAGCCACCAGAAAAAGUAUCAAAGCAACCAAAAGGUUCUAGGAACUAUUUUGCUGCUCAACCACAUUAUAGAUUAUGUUUGGGUGAUAUGCCAUUUGUAGCUGGGAAGUCUACAAGUCCCAGUCAUGCUGUGGUAGCCAAUGUGCAGCAUGUCUUGCAUCUAAUGAAGCAACACAGUAAAGUCUUAUGCAAUGAUCGAGUAGUCAACAGUGUUCCUUUGGCAAAGCAAGUAUCUGCACGAAGUAGUAAAAGUAAGAAGUCAGUAAGGCCGUCCUCCUCUAGCACCAUUAAUGAAGAGUUGUCAGAAGUCUUACAGACUUUACAAGAUGAAUUUGGGCAAAUGAGCUUUGAUCAUCAACAACUUGUAAAACUUACCCAAGAAUCACCAACCGUUGAACUAAAAGAAAAUUUAGAGUGUGAGCUGGAAGCAUUAGUGGCAAGGAUGGAGGCAAAAGCCAAUCAAAUAACUAAAGUUCGGAAAUAUCAAGCCCAGCUGGAGAAACAGAAAAUAGAAAGACAGAAAAGGGAACUAAGACCCACCAAAAAGACUCUUGAUGAAGAAGGAAACAGUAGCAGCCGUUCUUCUGGAAACACAGGGACCACGAAUAAGAGGGACUGUACCAAACCCAGACCUGGGGAAAAAAGCAGGAAAAAUCUUCAGUUACUGAAGGACAUGCAAACCAUACAGAGUUCAUUACAAAGCAAUAAUUUGUGUUGGGAUUACUGA